GCUUCAUCAGGUUUCCUGUUGUUCCCGCAGAGCGAGCCAUCGCCCGGCACGAGGUGCGGGAGAUCGAGCAGCGGCACACGCAGGACGGCCUGAGGGAGCGCGAGGCGGCGGCCGCACUGACCAACAGCGAGGACGACUUGGUCAUCAUCUACAACCGCGUGCCCAAGACCGCCAGCACCUCCUUCACCAACAUUGCCUACGACCUGUGCGGGAAGAACCACUACCAUGUGCUGCACAUCAACACCACCAAAAACAACCCCGUCAUGUCCAUACAGGACCAGGUGCGGUUUGUAAAGAACGUGACUGAAUGGAGGGAAAUGAAGCCUGCGUUUUACCACGGACACGUCUCCUUCCUGGAUUUUACCAAGUUUGGAGUGAAGAGGAAGCCCAUCUACAUUAACCUGAUCAGAGACCCCAUCGAGAGGCUGGUGUCUUAUUAUUACUUCCUGCGGUUUGGGGACGACUACAGACCCGGUCUGAGGCGCAGGAAACAAGGAGACAAGAAGACGUUUGAUGAGUGCGUGUCAGCCGGCGGAUCAGACUGUGCUCCUGAGAAACUCUGGCUCCAGAUCCCCUUUUUCUGUGGUCACUAUUCUGAAUGCUGGAAUGUGGGCAGCCAGUGGGCGCUGGAGCAGGCCAAAUACAACCUGGUGAAUGAGUACAUGCUGGUGGGAGUCACCGAGGAGCUGGAGGACUUUGUGAUGAUGCUGGAGGCUGCGUUGCCACGGUUCUUCAGAGGAGCCACAGAGCUGUACAAAACGGGAAAGAAAUCCCACUUGAGGAGGACCAGUGAGAAAAAGCCACCCACUAAGGAAUCCAUCGCCAAGCUGCAGCAGUCGGCCAUCUGGAAGAUGGAGAACGACUUCUAUGAGUUUGCGCUGGAGCAGUUCCAGUUCGUCAGAGCCCACGCUGUCAGAGAAAAGGAUGGGGAACUCUACAUGCUGGCUCAAAAUUUCUUCUAUGAGAAAAUCUAUCCCAAAAACUGAAGAGGGGACUCUCAGAAGAGCGAUUUUAGAGUCUCCUGUGUGUUUUAAGCUGACUCAUUCUGAGGAAACGGAAGCGGAGAGAAAAUCUAGCAAGCCAUUGAUUUGCUAGAUUUGUAAUGGAGGACUUAACGUGGCUCUGCUAUGUGACGGGUCUGUCUCUGGCUCGGCUGGCUGGUUGGGGAGCUUGUAUUUCAUCAGCAGGUUGUCCUCUGCAGCUUCUCCACUCUGUUUUCCUUCUAAACAAAAUCAGAGGAGCCCUGACUGGACCAUGGAUCCGGUUUGGACCUGGCUCUUCACUUAACCUGAGGGGGGGGAAAAAAAUCACUGGCUCUGUACUGUUUGAUUGUGUUUGGUUGUAUUUUAGCUCUUUACAAUGAUUUAUUGUUCAUAUGUGAGGACUGACAUUUUCCACAGUGAGAUGACAUCUUCAUGCCUCACCACAGUGACUAACUUAAAGAGACAGUAACAGUAAAAAGCUGAAUACUUUCUUAAACCUAAAGAACAUUUGUCUGGGUUUAUUUUGUUUGUUUUAUUGGACUAUUUACUGGGCCAGGUGUGUGUGUUUUAUACUUUACUUGAUGUGUGACUCUUGUAAAUGAAGGAUGCUUUUACACUUAAUGUUACUGGAGUGUGUCCGAACGUUACAAGUUCUCUAAACAUUU